AUGGCCAGAGACGCCUAUCCCAGCGGAUACGCAUUGAGCAGAAAUGCAUUUCCGUCUCCAUCCGCAUCUUUGAACGACUUCCCGCGAUACUCUUACAGCUCGAGUCUGCCACAAGGAGUCUCCAACCAGCUAGACACUUAUUCCUACGUGCAGUCACAACGAUCAGCACAGUCGCUGCUAGAAGCGCCACCGUUCUGCGAAACUGAAAUCAUUGGCAACAUCCUUGGGAGCAACAACCAGAAACUUCUUCCGGUCAUCCAUGCCAAGAUCCACAAGGGCUUUUUCCAAGCAGACGACAAGUGGACAUGUUACCGUCGAAACUACUUUUCUGUUUCAUGUUCGUUUACUUUGCAGCCAUUUUUGACCACUAGCAACUUUUACUUGCAAACGCAGGAUCAGCGUAUGGAACCCAUCAUCGACUGGGCCAUGUCCAUUUCGGCGGUCGUGAAUGCAUCGGAUAAUGAGACUCGAGAACUUGUUCAACACACUCCCAAGCGAGACAAACAAUCCGAGCGAAAGCCAGAUAAGAUCCGUCUUCGMCCCCAGCCGCCAUACUUUUUGGCUUCGAACAUGACUGGUUCCGGAUCGCACUCGCCGAUGUAUGGAAUGCCGCAGCAGAUGGAAUUCCCCCCGUAUGGCAUGGCACCGGCACAGCCACCGACUCAACACACAUUCGAACGGAUCCAGUUUCAAAAGGCGACUGCAAAUAACGGGAAACGACGAGCACAACAACAGUACUACAACUUAGUCGUGGAGCUGCAUGCCAUGGUCAAUCGGCCAUAUGGGCAACAUUGGGAGAAGAUAGCCAGAAGAAUCUCGGACCCCAUGGUGGUACGUGGACGGUCUCCAGGACACUACAAGGAUGAGAGACGACACAGUUCUGCCAGUAUGGGUGACGGAGGACGGGGGAAUUCUGGAGAGACCACUAGUCGUGGGAUGCUACCUUCGUCGAUUGAUCAUCAGCAAUACUCUCAGGUGCAGUUCCUGUAUGAUGGCUCCCAGCGAGGUGACUCUCACUAUAGCCAAGGCCGCGAUAUGCCGCGUCAUAGUUACCAGCCGCAGUUUGGGCAGAUUAAUCAUUCUGCGGAAGCAAUCAGCCCUCUCGUUUCGACUUCCGAUGGCUCCUUGGAGUUCAUCUUUCCCAAUUCACUCGGCGGCCAUGAAUCUACGGAUGGUGGUCUAUCGCUCAGUAAUCGAUACCACCAUAGUCACCAAAAUGAUGACGACGACUCGUCCUUCCGAAGAGACUCUGGCAGUUCUAGCAGCAGUCAGAGCCAAGUCCCCAGUCUCGAUCUGAGCUCAAACUCCCCCACGCUAGACGACGCAUUCGACCCGAUGAUAGCGAGCUAUCACAGUGACGAGCAAGAGGAUGGCUCCAAUCAAUACUCGAAACAAUCAAUCUCGGAAAGACUGCCGCUCUCAUCGAUCGUGAAUGAUAGCAGUCAAUGCAGCCGGGGUAGUAGCGGCGGGACCUCGUUCUCGAGAUUUAUAGAUCCUAUCCAGGAAAGUCUAUGUGCUUGA